GAGAGCGAAGGCGCGCGGAUCUGCAGUGUCUGGACGAGAUUCCCUCGGGAAGCGUCGCGGCCCCGGCGGCAGCCGCCCCAGCGCAAGCGGAUCUUGCCCUCCGAACCCUCCAACCGCCGCCCCUCCCCCCUGGGGUCCCGAGCUAGCCCAUGGGAGGCACGGCUCGCGGGCCCGGGCGGAAGGAUGCGGAGCCGCCUGGAGCCGGACUCCCGCCCCAGCAGCGGAGAUUGGGGGAUGGUGUCUAUGAUACCUUCAUGAUGAUAGAUGAAACCAAAUGUCCACCCUGUUCAAAUGUACUCUGCAAUCCUUCUGAACCGCCUCUACCCCGAAGACUAAAUAUCACUGCUGAGCAGUUACCAAGAGAUCACACUCAGCGCUUUCUGAAUGGAGGUGAGGUGAAAGUAGAACAGCUGUUUCAAGAAUUUGGCAACAGAAGAUCUGAUACUCUUCAGUCAGAUGGCAUCAACGACUCUGAAAAAUGCUCUCCUCCCGACUCUCAGGGUAAAAGUUCAGAUAGCUUGAAUGCGGUGAAACCCAGCAGUUCAGCCAAAGCUUCCAAAGUGGUGCCACUGACUCCAGAGCAAGCACUGAAGCAAUACAAACACCACCUCACUGCUUACGAGAAGCUGGAAAUCAUCAAUUACCCAGAAAUUUACUUUGUGGGCCCAAAUGCCAAAAAAAGACACGGAGUGAUCGGUGGUCCCAAUAACAGCGGGUAUGAUGAUGCAGAUGGGGCCUAUAUUCAUGUGCCUCGUGACCAUCUGGCUUAUCGAUAUGAGGUGCUGAAAAUUAUUGGCAAGGGAAGUUUUGGGCAAGUAGCCCGGGUCUACGAUCAUAAACUUCGACAGUAUGUGGCCCUAAAGAUGGUACGCAAUGAAAAGCGCUUCCAUCGUCAAGCAGCUGAGGAGAUCCGGAUUUUGGAGCAUCUUAAAAAGCAGGACAAGACGGGUAGCAUGAAUGUCAUCCACAUGCUGGAAAGUUUCACAUUCCGGAAUCAUGUUUGCAUGGCCUUCGAAUUGCUGAGCAUAGACCUUUAUGAGCUAAUUAAAAAAAACAAGUUUCAGGGUUUUAGCGUCCAGUUAGUUCGCAAGUUUGCUCAAUCCAUCUUGCAAUCCUUGGAUGCUCUCCACAAAAAUAAGAUCAUUCACUGUGACCUGAAGCCAGAAAACAUUCUCCUGAAACACCAUGGGCGCAGUGCGACCAAGGUCAUUGACUUUGGGUCCAGCUGUUUCGAAUACCAGAAGCUUUACACAUAUAUCCAGUCUCGGUUCUACAGAGCUCCAGAGAUCAUCUUAGGGAGCCGCUACAGCACGCCUAUAGACAUAUGGAGUUUUGGCUGCAUCCUUGCAGAACUUUUAACAGGACAGCCUCUCUUCCCGGGAGAGGAUGAAGGAGACCAGUUGGCCUGUAUGAUGGAGCUGCUAGGAAUGCCACCACCAAAACUUCUGGAGCAAUCCAAACGUGCCAAGUACUUCAUUAACUCCAAGGGCCUACCUCGCUACUGUUCUGUGACUACUCAGGCAGACGGGAGGGUUGUACUUGUGGGGGGUCGCUCACGUAGGGGUAAAAAGCGGGGUCCCCCAGGCAGCAAAGACUGGGUGACAGCACUGAAGGGAUGUGAUGACUACUUGUUUAUAGAGUUUUUGAAAAGGUGUCUUCACUGGGACCCCUCUGCCCGUUUGACCCCAGCUCAAGCACUGAGACAUCCAUGGAUUAGUAAGUGUGUGCCCAGACCUCUCACCAUUGAAAAGGUGUCAGGAAAACGGGUGGUAAAUCCCACAAACGCUUUCCAGGGACUGGGUUCCAAGCUGCCUCCAGUUGUCGGAAUAGCCAAUAAGCUUAAAGCUAACUUAAUGUCAGAAACCAAUGGUGGUAUACCUCUGUGCAGUGUACUGCCAAAGCUCAUUAGCUAACGGACAGCGCUGUGCUCAGAGAUGUAUAUGUUUGUAUUUUUAAUUAUCUUGCAGACCUGAACAUGGGGAAGAAAUACAAGCCCAUUGGUGGAUAUGUUUUUGUUAGACUAGAUUUCUUUUUUUAACAAGGCAAAACAUUUUUAUAUGACUGUAACAGAACUCUUCAAGGGCUAAUUACCUAACUUGCCUGUGUCGGCCAUCCUGGAAUGUACAUUAAAUGACUUUUUAUAGGUCA